ACUAGGGAGAGGAAAUUGGGCUCCUAGCUAAACUCAGCUGUGUUCAUGCAAACUUAAGUAGUGCAUCUGUAAGAAAAAUAUGGAUUUGGGAUCACAUUCCACCUUAAAUGGAACAAGUGACAAGGAUGGCACAGACCAGACUGUGCAGGGAGACAAAAUAUAAACUCCCACAGCAGCAUUAGUUGAGGAGGUAUUUGUGACACACCAGGUUACACUUGCCCUCCUCAUCUUGAAAGCUGAUUGUGAUACAGAGUUUGCAAAACAAUGAGAGCAAGACUUUGGACUGAAAUUGAAGAGUAGAUUAAUUAAAUUGUAAAUGGACAUGUGAGUUGAACCAUUCUCAGUUUAUGUGAUAAUAUUAGGAAAAAUGCAUUACACGGACCAUGUUCUUCAGUUGGUUCCUGCUGGUGUGGAAGGUGGUUGUUCAACAUUAAAUCAGAAGAGCAUUUGUUACCACAUCAUGCGUAAAUUAUGCAUGAAAAUAUAUUUUUCUGAACAAACAUAGUUUUAUGAAGUAGCCCUAGCCGUACAAUAAUAUGGUCACGAUGGAGCCUCAAAUUUAUGGGGUUAAAUUUAGAAUUUCGCCUGUAGCUUUUCCAUCCCUCUCUGGUGUAAACAGCUGUGUAUGCACAGCGUGGCUUGAUGCACCUGUGGCUGCAGGUCUCCUCUUGUAGCUGAAGCCUUGGCCCUGCCACGGUCACCUCGCCCUACUGGUUACCGUGGAGAUGCAGUCGCAGGGAAUACGGUGCCUUUGGAAACGCCGUUUCCAGGCUGCAGCGGGCUCGGGGCGGGCGCGGCCAUCGCGACGCUGCGCGGGGGUGAAACCGAAAGUGCGGGGCCGGGGCGGGCCCGCGCUCCGCCCGCCCCCCGAGGCCCGCCCGCCCCGCUCCGCUCCGCUCCUCCCUCCCAUGAGCGCCCGAGCCGCCCGGCCUCAGCAUGUCGGAGAGUUUCGACCGAGCGCCGGGUGCCGGCCGGGGCCGCGGGUGCGGCGCGCCGGAGAGCGGCGGCGGGGACCGCCCCGCGGGCUGCGCGUCCCGCGGCUCGGGCUCGGCCGAGGAGCAGCAGCACCAGCCGGGCGGCCUCUUCCCGCAGCAGGAACCAUUGCGGCCUCCGAAGACGGCGCCCCUGGGCACCGGGAUGGCAGAACACCUGCAAGAGACGGGAAUUUCAUCUGGAUCACAAGAUAAAGUUUCAGUUCUUGAUUCUGGACCAGAAAUGGCUGAACCUCAGUUAGCUGUGGAUCCUGUAGCAACAUCAAACUUGUCUGCUAUAGCACCUGAAUUUUAUCCAUCAGGGUACAACCAGAACUUCAAUCAGAAUUUCACAGAUUCCUCCUUUGAAGAUAGAUGUGACAGCUAUCUGACCCUGGCAGAAUAUGUACAAGGCUUCCUAAACCACCUCACGGAGCAACCAGGUUGUUUUGAAACGGAAAUAGAACAGUUUGCUGCAGCACUGAACGGCUGGGUUAUUGCAGAUGAAGCUUUACAAGAACUUGUUGAACUCAUCUAUCAGCAGGCCACAUCUGUCCCAAAUUUUUCAUACAUGGGAGCACGGUUGUGUAACUAUCUAUCUCACCACCUAACCAUUAGUCCACAAAGUGGGAACUUCCGACAGUUGCUGCUUCAGAGGUGUCGAACGGAGUAUGAAAACAGAGAUGAGGCUACCAAAGGGGAUGAGACUACUAGAAAACAAUUUCAUGCCUUUGUGCUGUUCUUAGCUGAACUUUAUCUUAACUUGGAGAUUAAAGGAACAAAGGGACAGGUUACACGGGCAGAAAUUCUUCAAGAAGGCCUUCGGGAAUUACUGAAUGCACUCUUCUCUAAUCCUGUGGACAGUAAUUUGAUAUGUGCAGUGAAACUGCUGAAGUUGACAGGUUCUGUUUUAGAAGAUGCCUGGAAAGAAAAAGGAAAGAAUGAUAUGGAGGAAAUUAUUCAGAGAAUUGAAAAUGUUGUGUUGGAUGCAAACUGUAGCAGAGAUGUGAAACACAUGCUUCUGAAACUAGUAGAACUGCGAUCUAGUAACUGGGGUAGAGUUCAUGGAACAACUCCACAUGCAGAAGCUACCCCUGAAAAUGACCCAAACUAUUUUAUGAAUGAACCAACGUUUUACACUUCUGAUGGCGUUCCUUUCACUGCAGCAGACCCAGAUUAUCAAGAAAAAUACCAAGAGCUGCUUGAAAGAGAGGAUUUGUUUCCAUAUUAUGAAGAAAAUGGAGCAGAUCUGUCAGGACCUGGAGAGCUGUAUUUUGAUGAGAUUGAUGAUGAGAUGGAUCCAGAAAUUGAAGAAGCAUAUGAAAAAUUCUGUCUAGAAUCAGAACAUAACAGACAACAGUGAGAUGUUAUGUAUUAAUGUUAGUUUAUUUAACCACUUUAGGUAUGGUUAGAGUGAAGGGGGACACAAAACAUUUGUACCAAAAUGAGAAACUUGAGUUUCUCCAAGUACUAAAGUUACACAAUUUCCAUUUUGUUUAACACAAUCUGCCAAAAAAUGUAAACUUAUGCCCUGUAACUUAAAAUGUUGUGUAUAUAUCAUAGUUUAUUUUGUGAAAAAUGUUUUUUGAACAAUGUUUUGGCUGCAAUAAAAAUUAUUUAAAAGUUAUAAUUGAAAUUAAAAUUUAAUGGGGAACUGUCCCAUAAAACUUCCCUUGAGGAAGAAAGGGAAAGAAUAAUGAUCUGAAUUUGCUUGCUUGUUUGCUUUAGUAUAUAUUGGGAUUUACUCAUUCUAUUUACCAUAUACAAUAUGUCUUGCAUUUACUUCCUCCACUUCCCCCUCCAAGAAGAGUAUGAUCCAAAUAAGAAAGAAAUUUUUUUUCAUAUAUUUCACAAUCAUGAAAAGUGGCUUGUGAAAGUUUUGUGUACAAGUUUUCGUUUUGUUCAUUUCCUUUUUCUUCUUCUUUCGAAACACACAUGGGUGAGAUCUGGACUUUUCAUUUUUCCUGGAAUAAAUAUGUUACAUGUUGAUAUGUGAAAAAGCAAGCAGUAUUUUGGAAGUGAGGUGCUUUCAAGAUCUUUGGUUCAGAUAAGCUUGUUUUCAAAUUUACAAGAAAAGCUGUUCUGUAAUUUGUUGUGUUCUUCAAGGCAAUAUUAAUACAGUUAUGCUCUAAGCCAUGCUUCUCAAGAGUAUGUGCAGUGCUUUUUUUCUUUUGCUUUUUUUUCUAGUAAUGUAUCUAACAUGUCUAACCUUUCCCAAUCCUUGUAACUUUCUUUUAUUCUUCUAAUUUUAUGUAGUUUGAUUUAAUUUUGUAGUUGGAGUAAAUUCAUAUAUUUCAUAAAUGUUAACAUUCUGAGGCCAACUGCUCUUUUUUUGACUCCAUAUAAUCAUGUUAGUUUUCCUAGGAUGCUCCAUUGUUGUUGUUGCCAAACUCAGUUGAACUGUUUCCUGUUACCUGUUGCUGGUUAGACUUGAGUAGAAAUUGUUACCAAAAACAAACACAAGUAUUUCCCAACAGUUAGCUACUCUAAAGAACACGCAUUGUAAAUAUGCAUGUAAAUAAUUCUGAUAAUAUUUCACUAUUAUUUGUUUGGUUAAAUAAGUUGUGCAUCUGCUAGUAGAGUAAGCAGUGGCUGUUUUCUGGAUGUUUAUUUAACAUACUUAUUUAGGUUGAAGUUUUGGAAAAUAAAAUUUAAGUAGCUUUAUUUCCUUUGGUAUAAUAUCACUACCUUUUCUUCUUGCUUUAGAACAGAAACGAUAUUUUAUCUUCUGUCUCUCCUUCACUGAGCACUCCUUUCUCUUCUUCAAAGUACAAAUUUCAGGGUUGAUUAUCUUUUGAUUCUUGCUGGAAAAAUAAAAGGUAUCAAAAUGCA